CUUACAAAUCUCUCGACACGGGCGCGUCUAUUGGACAACGAGCGUGUCUCGAAAUUCAUCGAAACGAUAAUAUCGCAAACAUUUUGUCUGCGAAUGUAAGAUCGGACAUCGGGCACGCGACGUGAGCCCUUUGUAACGUGAAGUUCCGUCGGAGCUUUGCAUUGCGUGCUGCCAGUUACAUUCGAGUCAGUCACGUUCGUCAUGGCUGGUGAGGGGUGAAUCAGUUGGCUUUGAACGCCCGUGAAACAUUAUCGUGUAUGCGUCAGUAUUCGCCAGCGAGGCGUAUUACAUGUACGUAUGAUCGUACAACAAUGGAGUAAAUAUUUAUGUUUUGGAGUCGCACAAUUUUGUGAUACAAGGAUCGAUGCUCGCCCUUGGCAAUCGUCGCGACACGCACCGCUUCGAGCGUGGAACAUGUUCAGGAAUAUUUCCCACACUUCGUAUUUAAUCAGCGUCACUUGAUACGACUGCGACGGGACGCGUGGACAACUCGGACAGCCUCGACGAAUUCUCCUGCAGAUUUGCACAAAUAUCAUGGGUCGUUACACAGGCAAAAAAUGUCGUCUGUUAACAAUGUUGUGGCUAACAGCCUUGUUCUUCUUAGUGGAAAUAGUAGUGGGUUAUGUGACCAAUUCAAUGGCAUUAAUAGCAGACAGUUUCCAUAUGUUAUCGGAUGUUGCUGCUUUAGUGGUAGCAUUUCUUUCGGUAAAAAUGUCACCGAAAAAAUGGUCGAAGAACACUUUUGGUUGGGCCAGAGCAGAAGUAUUAGGAGCUUUGGUAAAUGCUGUCUUCUUAGUUGCUCUGUGUUUUAGUAUUACUGUGGAAGCGUGUAAAAGAUUUAUUGAGGUAGAAGAAAUACAUGAAGCUAAACUUCUUGUGGCAGUUGGAGCUCUUGGUUUGUUGGUGAAUGUGAUAGGAUUAUGUUUAUUCCAUGAACAUGGAAGUGCUCAUGGUCACUCACAUGGUAUAUCUCGAAGUCAUAAUAGACUGAGCACUCUAGUAGGUACAGAUGAUAAUGAAAAUGAUGAAGCUUACAGACCUUCAACGCCUCAAGUGAAGAAAGCACAUGGUCAUACACAUGAUGCAAGUCAAAUGAACAUGCGAGGUGUAUUUCUUCAUGUGCUUUCAGAUGCAUUAGGAUCUGUCAUUGUUAUUGUAUCUGCCUUGAUUGUAUGGCUCACAGAGUGGCAAUACAGGUUCUAUAUUGAUCCUGCAUUGUCGCUGUUAUUAGUCAUUCUUAUUCUGCGUUCGGUAUGGCCGUUACUCCAAGAAUCCGCUUUAAUUCUCUUACAAACUGUGCCAACGCAUAUUCAGGUUGAUGCUAUACAGCAACGUUUGUUAGAAAAUGUAGACGGAGUAUUAGCCGUACAUGAAUUCCAUGUGUGGCAAUUAGCAGGUGAUCGUAUUAUAGCUAGUGCACACAUAAGAUGUAGGAAUCUUUCCGAAUAUAUGAAAAUCGCCGAACAAGUUAAAGAGUUUUUCCAUAAUGAGGGUAUACACUCUACAACUAUUCAGCCAGAAUUUAUCGACUAUCACUCUAAUAGCGAAAUUAAAGAGACUCCUACGGAAGAUUGCGUGUUGGAUUGUCCAAAGACUGAUAAACCCUGUAAUCAUGCAACAUGUUGCGGUCCUUCCAAGCAAGGUCGUGAGACUCCCUCACCUGGAGAGACGCCGUAUAUGUGCAGACAACGUAAUAGCCUGGCACGUUCAACUGGCUCUAUAGGAGGAGCAGAACAACAAGAAGUCAAUGAAAUGGAACGCGGACAUUUACUGUCACUGCCCACUUCGCAUCACUCCGUCCAACUUCCUCACCCUCACGUUAACACACCAACUAUCUGAGUUCUCAUUGCAUUAUCAAAUAUCUACCUCCAUAGUAAAAUACGCGGCGCGAUUUAUUGUACAAAUGCAAUAAAUGAGUAUAUCUACAUAGAGUUCAUUAAUAUUGCAGUUAAUAGCAGGAAACUAAACGACAUAUUUGCAAUCAAGUUUUUACUUAUAGACAUGCGUAAUUAAGAUAUUUGAUAAUUAAAUGCCAAAGGCAUGUUAAUACCAAAUACAUCAUGUUAGAUAAUAUUCUAAUGUAAUAAGGAUGUUUGAUUUUGAACAUAUUCUUUAUAAGUGACAAGGCUUCGAAUGCAUAAUUUACAGUACAGAAAUUAACUAUUUUAGUUAAUUUAUAAAUAAAUUUUGUUUAAAUCUCAUUAUAUAUUUUGACCGAUACGUUGACCAUGGUAUGAACGCUAUUUUGAAUUUUAUUUAUAUGCACUUUUUUAUUGAUUAGUUUACAUUGCGUAGGUUUUAGUAAGAUAAUAUACAAAUCUAUGAGCAAGAGUACCAAAUCUCUUCAGUAUACUUGUCUAUAUGUUUUUCUUUGUAUAAUUCUCAAAUGUUAAGUCUGUAUAUUUUUUAUGUAUUUCUUGUAGGCUUGACCAAUUACAAAAAAAAGUAUUGUAAAAAGUAAAUGAUAAGUUGCUUAUAUAUAUUCUAUACAUUAUAACCAUAAUAUUUAUAAUUUUAAGAACUGUAAGUUGUAAGAACAGUUUCUAUAAUUAACAAGAUUUGAAUAGUCAUGUUCUCUUCCCAUGGUCCGUUUCGAAAAUUCUUUUUUUGUAAGCUUAAAGUGACGACAUUAUAUAAAUUAAAUGUUAACUCAAAUAAACGAUUUUAUCAAUAUU